GUAGAUUCCUUAGGACACGAGUCUCAAAGACAAAAGAAAAAAGUAAAGGCCUGCGAUAUGAAAGCUACAUGCAUCACAAUCUUGUUUUGGCCCCUCUUCAUGCUAUUAUUAUCAGAGGAAAGGCAGUCUUCUAAAACAGAAGUCAAAUAUAAUUUCACUGAAAAGAAUUAUUCUUUGAUUCCAGCGGAUAUCAAUAAAAAUGUAACUAUACUUGAUCUCAGUUAUAACCAAAUUACUUUGAAUAUUAUAGACACAGGAGUUCUACAGACAUAUAUUUUACUCAUUGAACUCUAUUUGACUGAGAACAAUGUCACUAUGUUAUAUAAUAAUAGCUUUGGUAACCUCUCCAAUCUAGAAAUUUUAAAUAUCUGUAGAAAUUCCAUCCACAUAAUCCAACAGAGUGCAUUCAUGGGCUUAAAUAAACUAAAACAGUUACAUCUCUGUCAAAACAAAAUAUCUCAACUGAGUCCUGACAUAUUUGUGCCUCUAAAAAACCUGAUACUUCUGAAUUUGCAAGGCAAUUUCAUAAGCUAUUUUGAUGUACCACAAUUGUUUCAUCUGGAAUUAAUAAUUUUAUAUGGAAAUCCAUGGAACUGCUCUUGUAGUCUACUGAAUUUACAAAACUGGUUGAACACAUCAAAUGUGACACUAGAAAAUGAAAACGUCACCACGUGCAUCCACCCAGGUAUCCUGAAUCACUACAGUAUCAAAACAGUACCUUAUAAUGCUGAAUGCUACUCAAAAUUUCCUCCACCUAUAAAUGAAGAUCUUUAUAACCACUUUCACUUCAUUAGCAACUCAACAUUCAAUAGCUCUUUGAACAACUUACAAAAUUCAGAACGUAAACUUCUUGGAAAAAGUUGGGCUCUUCUUGUUGGUGUGGUAGUUACUGUACUGAUGACUUCACUCCUCAUUUUUGUUGCUAUCAAAUGCCCAAUAUGGUACAAUUUUCUGCUUAGUUACAAUCAUCAUCGCCUGGAAGAGCAUGAAGCAGAAACCUAUGAAGAUGGUUUUACUGGAAAUUCACGUUCUCUUUCACAGGUUCCAGAUACAAACUCUGAGGAUACUACAGUAAUAUUUGAACAACUACAUUCAUUUGUGGUAGAUGAUGAUGGGUUUAUUGAAGACAAAUACAUAGAUACUCAUGAAUUACAUGAAGAAAAUUAAUUCCGUUCAAUGUUUGAUUUUUUAAAAAUGUUAUAAGUUCACUCACAGUUUAGACAUAAAUGGAGAUUAAGCAUGUGCCAUACCAAACUGUGGCUAGUAGAUUUUUUUUUUGCUAGUAGACUUUUAUAUUAAUUGCAACACACGAGUAUCAUAAAAUGAUGUUUUAUCAUUGGUAUUGAGUAAGUAGGUCCAAAUACAGUAACAGUGAUAAUACUAGCAUUACUAUUUUCAGCAGUAUUCCGACCAUACAUCCUAAUAAGGAAAAGACCUAAACUAUUCAUUAAUUAAAAUGAACUGAUUCUAAUAUUAGCCCAGAUAUUUUAUGUAAUACAUAUUAAAUUAUAUUACAAGUUUUAUUGAUUGGAAUCAGUAAAUAAUAAAGGUUUGGGGGGGGUGCCUGGGUAGCUCAUAUGGUUGAGUAUCUGACUCCUGGUUUUAGCUUAGGUCAUCAUCUCAGGGGGCCAGGAUCAAGCCCCAUGUUGGGCUCUGUAUUAGGUGCAGAGUCUACUUGGUCCUGUCCCUCUCCCUCUACUUCUCCCCCUGCUCAUAUUCUCUGUCUCCAUCUCUCCCUCAAAUAAAAUCUUAAAAAAAUUUUUUUCUAAAUAAAGGUUUUGAAUUUGUCAAAGUGAAAAAGCUUAAACAUACAACACACUAAGACUGAUUUUAUGCUCGCAGAAUGAAUUUAUGGAAUUGGAAAAUAUUUAAAUGCUUCCUGAAUUAGCACAAUAAAUUUUCUGAAAAUUUAGUACUAACUUAAGGUAUAGGUACAAUGUCCAAGCACAAUGUUAAUAAGUUACUACUUCUUUCAAAUAUAAAAAAAAGACUGUGACCAUAAAGGAAGACCAUCACAACUGAAUAGUAUGGUAGCUUCCAAAGUGGGUAUUACAAGUCUCCAUGAAUCUGUUUUUAAAAAGCUGUAUUUCUGCCUCUCUUUGGGAGAGUUCUAUUCAAAUGAGUCUGUGCUGGAGUUGAGGAAUCUUCAGUUGGUCCAUGGACAGCUGUUUGGGAUCCUGUAGAUAGAGCAAUGUUUCCCAAAUUGUUUAUUCUAGAAUAUUAAUUUCCAGGGAAAUGCUCAAAAAUAUUGAGAGAGAGAAAACAGUACAUGGUCAAAGUACUAUAGAAUUACUAUAGGAAAUACUGAGUUUAAACACGAUUUAUUCAAGAUUCUAACAAACUAAAAUGCUCUCUGCCCUUCAACAACUAAGCAUUAAGAAUUUUUCAAACUUACUGGACAACAAAACUCUUUCUUCGAGGUAUGCCUACAAAGAGUCCAUAGCACAAUGAUUGUCCAAAAAAACGUAGUUUGGACAACAAUGACCUUGGGACUAUAACAGGAAGAGUCUAAAGUUAAUUAUUUUGCUAAUUCCUUAUAAUCAAUUGGCUGUAGUCAUAAUUUUAAAAACUUAAUGCAGAGUGGCAUUAAAAAUUGUAACAAAAUCCAUCAUUUUUACCUUCCAUGGUGAGAAAAUUAAGUGUAUUUACACCUUUUAGAGACUUCUAAAACACUAUAAUAAAAUACAUUUAUAAAUGAAAUAAUACAAUGUCAUAUUUUCUUCACCACCAUCAUACAGGAAAGGGCAUAGUGCCUAAAGGUCCAUUGAUUCAAAUAUAAAAAAAGACUGUAGGAUUGAACAUGAGCUGAGGAGCGGGGAGAUAGAUAUUUAAGUGUAUAAUAACACUAUUUAUUUUUGUGUAUGUUCAAAUUUCCCUAUAAUAAAGUUUUUAAAAUGCAUAUGUACUUGAGAGUUUCUCAGACUAAAAAUAAUGUAUAUGUAUGUUAUAUUCUGCAGAAUAGUUAUUUUAAAGGUUACAUCAAUAGUAAAUUCAGUUCAAAUGUCUAUUUAGGAAAAUAAAAACUGUUUAGGAUGACACACAGUCUGUGAAAUAAGAAGACUCACUUAUUUACAAUGCAUAUUUGUAUUUAUGGAAACAUGUGUUUUUUUUAUAAAUUAAUUUUUAUUGGUGUUCAAUUAUGGAAACAUGUUUUUAAUAAAGGAUAUAAGUGUUUUACAUGUAAUAGUUCUUACUAGAAGUGAGAUAAUUAUGGAAACAAAAUACAUCUUUCUCUAAAUAAUCUGUUAUUUUACCAAACUACCAUUUCCUGAUAUGAGGCAAAUAUUAAUAUCUGAAAAAUCUAGUAAAAUGAAAUAUAAUUAUGAAUGAACAAAGACUACAUCUAAUCUCUUAGGCCCCUUAUAAUUGAAUGUUAGCAUGUGAAAUUGAAUUAAAGCCGAGUGUAAUGUUAUAGUAAUAUUUUAAAGGCUGUACUCUAUAACUAACUUAUUUUGAAUAGAUGUUCCAUAAUAAACCUGACAGUUUAUCCAUACUACACUAAAUGGAAGUUUUCUUAGACCUGCCUUCUCAGGGUAUGGCAUUACCUGCUCCCUUUGAAUGUGUAGCCAAGGAAGAUCCUUGUCUCACUGAGAUGUUGGCCCUCUAAUUAACACAUGAAAUAAAUCUAUUCACCUGGUGCAUAUAAAAGUAAAUUUCAUGAAAAUAACUUUUGUUCUUAAAUUUCUGCUUAUGUCAGGAGAACCAAUUAUGUCCAGCCUCAAUUACCAACUACAGAUAUUAAGAAACUGCUCACAUUUCAGGACAAACUAUCAUAUUUUAAGAACUCUUCCCUUAACUAAAUGAACCAAAUAGACAUAAAAGCCUAUGACAGUCUUAAAUUUAUAAUCUGUGAGCUAUCUUUCUGGAUGAAAUAUCUAUAAAACAGGUUCAUAUAUUUUUAAAUCUGACCUAAGUAUUAUAUAACUGUAGAUAAAUGAUGAAAUAAAAAUUAGGACCUUAAUCUGGAAUGUGUUCAACAGACUAAGUUCAUUAUUUACUUUAUAGGUACCUAGGGGAGUUAUUUUAUGCAUGAUAAAUGAUAAACACUUGCUGAGUGGUUUAAACAGAACAAACACAGCAGUAAAAAGUUUUCAGGUGAAAGCUUGGUCACCAUGAAUAUAGAAUUUUCUUUGUAAAUAGAAGAGUUUUCCAGUAUUUAUAAUUUUUAAGGUAGCAUUUUAUAGCAUCAAAUGAUAAAGAAGAGGUUCCUUUGUUUUUAAUCAACAGAAAAAAUUGUAUUAUCUUUCAAAUGUUUUAUCAUUACAUAUUAACAAUUCAAUUCUUCACCAAUUGUUUUCUCUAUAUGCAUAAGUAAAAAGACAGUAUAUUUGGUGUUACAGAAUGUCAGUAAUUUGGGUUAUUACCCUUGCUGUCAGAGAUUAAUACUGAUAAAAUUCUGAGACAAAAUAUGUACAGGGUGAGUGUAUACAAAAUGGUAUAUUUGGUGUUACAGAAUGUCAGUAAUUUGGGUUAUUACCCUUGCUCUCAGAGAUUAAUACUGAUAAAAUUCUGAGACAAAAUAUGUACAGGGUGGGUGUGUACAAAAUAGCUUAUGUUUGUACUGCCUAGACAAUAUUUAAUUAAGGCCAAAAAUCAAUGAAUAAUCAUGUUAACUACCGUUAUUAUCUGAAUAUUUACGCCCCUCCAAAAUUUGUAUUAAAAUCCUAGUCCCCAAAGGUAGAUGGUAUUAGUAGGUGGUCUCUGGGAAGUGAUUAGGUAAGGAGAAUGGAGGCCUCAUGAAUAGAAUUAGUGCCUUUAUAAAAGAGAUCCCACAGACCUCCUUCUACCACGGGAGUAUACAGAAAGGAGAUACCUAAUAUGAGCAGAAAGAGGGACCUCACCAGAAUGGGACCAUGUUGGUGCCUUGAGCCCAGCCUCCAGAACUGUUAGCAAUAAAUUCCUGUUGUUUAUAAGUUACCCAGUAUGUGGUAUUUUGUUAUAGCAGCCCAAAUGGACUAAGAUAACUAUAUCAAAUCUACCUAUUACCUUUGUAGGCCUUUGUCACUGCCACAUUGCCAUUUAUUACCAGAGUCAAAAUUAUUUGCUAUCUGGUCUUUAUAUAAAAAGAUACCUUUAUGUGUGUGUAUAUAUAUAUAUAUAUAUAUGCAUUAAUAUAACUAUUAAUUAUAAAUUAAUAAUUGAAUACUGAAAAAUGUAAAUAGCUCACUAAUAAUGUGACUUUUAUUAGACUGGGACUUGAAUUCCAGAAUUCAAACUAGUUAAAAGCUCUGGUUAAAAUUAUAAAUGGUAGAGAUGAACAUAUUCUUAUUCAUCUUAAAAUUUAAUAUUAUUUGAAAUAGAAAUUUUAUUUAUCUAAUCUAUGUAAUAAUUUUAUUUAUCCAGGAUUUCGGUACUUAAUGGCAAAUGAUA